AUGCGGAAAUGGCCAAGUGACCAUCGACCUCCUCACCAUUCAGUGGGAACUGCGGUCGGUUCAGAGAUGAUAGGUACUGGUGGUAAGGCUAUGCCACCCAGCGUUACUCCUCAACCACGAUUCCAACGCAACCCCAAUACCGCCUAUUCAAGAUAUUAUACCCUAAAGCAAUAUAGAUACACUCG